AUGUCUUCACCGAAUCAGAUCACACCCACCUUUUCGGCAAGCGACUAUGCCAAGUUCUUCGGUGCCGGCGCUCUGGCGGCCACGGCGACGCACGGCGCCGCAACCCCCGUCGAUGUCGUGAAGACGCGCAUCCAGGUUGACGACGCCAUGAAAGGUCUGAACAUGGUCCGCGCCACGCGCCAGAUCGUCGCCGCCGAGGGUGCGUCGGCCCUGCUGACCGGCUUCGGUCCCACCGCGGUCGGCUACCUGGUGCAAGGCGGUGGCAAGUUCGCCGGCUACGAAUACUUCAAGAAGAAGUUCAUCGACUGGACCGGGUCGCAGGAGAAGGCAACGCGACAUCGCACCGCUAUCUACCUCGGCGCCAGUGCCGCCGCCGAGUUCUUUGCCGAUAUUGCCCUCUGCCCGCUCGAGGCCACCCGCAUCCGGCUCGUCUCCCAGCGGGGCUUCGCUUCGGGUCUCGUGCCGGGCUUCAUGCGUCUCGCAAGGGAAGAGGGUCUCCGAGGCUUCUACUCGGGCUUCGUCCCCUUGCUCUUCAAGCAGGUUCCCUAUGCCGUUGGCCAGUUCUCCGUCCACGAGGCUGCAGUCGAGGCCAUAUACCGCACCAUUGGUUCCGAACGCAAGGCCAGGCUGACACAGCUCGAAUCCACCGGCGUGGAGCUGAGUUCGGGUAUCAUUGCCGGUGCGGCGGCAGCGGUGCUCUCACACCCGGCCGACACCCUGCUCUCGGCCAUCAACAAGGGCUCGGGCGAUCCCAAACAAGGCGCCACGGCUAGGAUGUUCUCGCUGGCACGCGAGUUCGGUCCGAAACGUCUACUGCUGUCUGGUCUCGGUCCCCGUGUACUGAUGACAUGUGGUCUGGUGUCGGGCCAGUUUGUCAUUUACGCUCAGUGCAAGGCGCUCACGGGCGCGCCGCCGGGCGUUGAAAUUCACAAAGAAGACUAG